AGUAGCUCCUCUGCGGAGUAUCGAUGAACAACUGGUGAUCAGCUGAUUUGCAGGAAGUUGGUUCAUGUAUAUUAGAGUCGUUUCAAACAAAUUGAGGUGCUAAAGAGUCAUCAAAAUUCGAUUUAGUUAUCACUGAUACCGAGAAAAUGGCUGAAUACACGGUGAUCACGUCGGAUUUCGUUAAUUUGACGAUUUCAAACUCUGGACAACAAUCGUGUUGUGUCGAGAGGAGAUUUCAGAAGGGAAUUACCAUAGAUGAUUUCAAGGGAAAAUUGGAGCUUCUCACAGGUGGCAAUCGAGCCACCAUGACCCUGGAGGUCUUCGACAAGAAUAAUCAGUUGGUUUGCAGUCUCACUGAUGGAUCUCGUCUCCUAGGAUCUUAUUCCAUUGACGAUGGCAUGAGAGUUCAUGUUACUGAUACAUUCAUCCGUCCAGAAGAAGACCUCUCGAAGGUCGAGAAAUUCGAGAUAUCGGAGGAGGAAUACUCAAAGCGACCAGACACUGUCAAGGCAUUCCUAGAGAAGAAUAAACUGGGAAAAUACAAUGAGGAGGAGCUGAAGAAGAGGGAGGAGGAGAAGAAACUUGAGGAAGCUGCCGAGGAGGCACUGGCUCAGGCUCUCAAUGUCGGUGAUAGGUGCGAAGUUCAGGUGCCUUCGUUUCCGAAACGAAGAGCAACUGUCAUGUACGUUGGUAAAACUGACUUUAAAGAUGGCUGGUGGGUUGGGGUUAAAUACGACGAGCCACUGGGAAAAAAUGAUGGAUCGGUGAGUGGAAAAAGAUACUUCGAGUGUCCUGCCAAAUAUGGUGGCUUCGUGAAGCCGGCCUCCGUCACAGUAGGUGAUUUCCCAGAAGAGAAUUAUGAUCUCGACGAGGAAUUAUAAAUCCAAUGAAAUGUCCUUGUCAAU